ACACGGUACACGUCAUUAAAUCGCACCGGUCUGAAAGCUGAGGUGGACUUCUGUCUGUUCGAAGGAGGACGUGUCUGAAUCAAUUGCUGAAAUAACUUGCCGUGAUCGUUUCUUUAAAAAAUAAAUAAAAAACAGACAUGAUGAUCAGAAUAGCCACUUUCCUUGCUCUUGUCUACAUGUGCACAGGUGAGAGUUGUACCGACCCUGUGAUUACCCCUUCUGCCUACACCACCUCUGAUGCUGUCAUCUCCUCUGAGUCUGUCUUCAUUGUAGAACUCAGUCUGGCCUGUGCCAAUGGAGCCCAGAGUGUGGCUCUGUAUGCUGAUGUCAAUGGGAGACAGUUUCCCGUGACUAGAGGUCAAGAUGUUGGCAAGUACCAGGUGUCCUGGAGCAUGCCCCACAAACAGGCCAGCUCCGGCACAUACCAGGUCAAGUUCUUUGAUGAGGAGUCCUACAGCUCUCUACGCAAGGCUCAGAGAAACAACGAGGAUGUUGACUCCAUCCAGCCUCUCUUCUCUGUGAAUGUGGAUCACAGGGGAGCAUGGAAUGGCCCGUGGGUGGCAACUGAGGUUAUGGCGGCUCUCAUUGGCAUCCUGGUCUACUACCUGGCCUUCAGCGCUAAGAGCACCAUCCAGGCAUAAAGGCCUUCAAGUCCCACAAUUCUUCACACCUACUGGUUCUCACUAAGACUGUUGAAUACUGGUGUGACUCCUCUACCAGUCCAACACCAGUAUGCCGCUGGCAGAACGACAAGAUGCCACAAUCCAUUUUGAAAUGAGGAAGUAGAACAAAAUUGUUUUGCUAAUUUCUUUUUCCGUGUAGACCAUCUGUUUCUUCUUUGGCUUCCGCCCGGGAGAUGCUUUUCAGUUUUGUCAGUCUGUGGUCAGAAUGUGUGCCCCACAGUCCAAUCCAGUGUACUCUACUUACUGUACUGAGUCUUCUGUGAGCCCAUGCAGACAUCCUUAUACAGCCUCAUUCUUAUUACUUACCAACUGGAGGACUGAGAUAAGAAUAUCUGUCCUUGCUCUUUCUUUCAUGUCGAGUACUGUGGUGCCGCGGUAUUUCUCCCAGCGCCACCUUCUACUCUUAUGUGCUGAGAUGUUUUAUGACUACCGAAUCCCCUGUGGACUUUUACUGGCUGGAUGUGGUUGAUCUUCAUGACCGUUUUACUGGCUGGCUGAGGAUGGCAAAUGUUUGAGGAUUGGUGAUCAUUUGUUCUUGGUGGUCAAAUUUAAUAAAAUUGUUUUUUUUUUUAAAUUUU